AUGGCGCGGCAGAACACAUUUUCCAGCAAUGGUGCUACUCAUGAGGCAGAAGGUAUCAUGUUGAAGGAGAUGAAGAAGAUGAAAGAAGAAGAAGAAGAAGGAAAUGCUAAAAAUAAUAGUAAAGAUAAGCAGCGCAAGGUUUCAUUGUUGAAGCUCUUCUCAUUUGCUGAUUCUUAUGACUACUUUCUAAUGGCUAUCGGAUCUGUUGGCGCAUGUGUUCAUGGUGCUUCUGUCCCUGUCUUCUUUAUCUUCUUUGGCAAGUUGAUCAAUAUUAUUGGCAUGGCUUAUCUCUUUCCCAAGGAAGCUUCUUCCAAAGUUGCUAAGUACUCCUUGGAUUUUGUAUAUCUCAGUGUGGCUAUAUUGUUUUCUUCAUGGACGGAGGUGGCUUGUUGGAUGCAUACUGGGGAAAGGCAAGCGGCCAAAAUGAGGAUGGCAUAUUUGAGGGCAAUGCUUAAUCAAGAUAUAAGUCUUUUCGACACUGAAGCUUCCACAGGAGAGGUGAUAUCUGCAAUUACAAGUGACAUUAUUGUUGUUCAAGAUGCCCUUUCUGAGAAGGUAGGGAACUUCAUGCACUACAUAAGCCGAUUUCUAGCAGGAUUCAUAAUAGGGUUUGUUAGGGUAUGGCAAAUUAGUCUGGUCACUCUCUCCAUUGUUCCAUUAAUUGCCCUUGCUGGUGGUCUCUAUGCAUAUGUCACAAUUGGUCUCAUUGCAAGGGUUCGCAAAUCUUAUGUCAAGGCUGGAGAAAUUGCUGAAGAGGUGAUAGGAAAUGUGAGGACAGUGCAAGCAUUUGCAGCAGAAGAGAAGGCAGUAAGAGAGUACAAGACAGCUCUUUUGAAUACAUACAAGUAUGGGAGAAAAGCAGGACUAGCAAAGGGUCUUGGGCUUGGCUCCAUGCACUGCUCCCUUUUCCUUUCAUGGUCAUUGCUAGUUUGGUUCACCAGCAUUGUUGUUCACAAGGGUAUCGCCAAUGGCGGCGAGUCCUUCACCACCAUGCUUAAUGUUGUCAUUGCUGGCCUGUCUCUGGGGCAGGCAGCACCUGACAUCUCUGCAUUCAUUCGAGCUAAGGCAGCCGCCUAUCCCAUAUUUGAAAUGAUAGAGAGGAACACAAUAAGCCGAUCUAGCAGCAAGAAUGGCAAGAAGCUGGACAAAAUUGAGGGGCACAUCCAAUUUAAGGACAUAUGUUUUAGUUACCCGUCUCGUCCCGAUGUUACUAUAUUCAACAAGCUCAAUCUUGAUAUCCCUGCUGGAAAGAUUGUAGCCCUUGUGGGAGGAAGUGGGUCUGGAAAGAGUACUGUUAUAUCUUUGAUUGAACGCUUCUAUGAGCCACUUGCGGGCCGGAUAUUAUUAGAUGGAAAUAAUAUUGGGGAGCUUGACCUUAAGUGGCUUAGGCAACAGACUGGGCUGGUAAACCAGGAGCCUGCACUUUUUGCAACAAGCAUUAGGGAAAAUAUUCUUUAUGGAAAAUCCGAUGCUACAUUCGAUGAGAUCACACAUGCAGCUAAACUCUCAGAGGCUCUCUCUUUCAUAAAUAACCUCCCAGAGAGAUUCGAAACUCAGGUUGGUGAGAGAGGAAUACAACUCUCAGGAGGACAAAAGCAAAGAAUUGCAAUAGCACGUGCAAUAGUGAAGAAUCCAUCCAUUCUUCUAUUGGAUGAAGCAACAAGUGCAUUGGAUGCAGAGUCUGAGAAGAGUGUCCAGGAGGCUCUUGAUCGCGCCAUGGUGGGACGAACAACAGUAGUAGUAGCCCAUCGUCUUUCUACCGUUAGGAAUGCAGAUGUAAUUGCUGUUGUUCAAGAGGGGAAAAUAGUGGAAACUGGAAGUCACGAGGAGCUCAUUUCUAACCCGAACGGUGUCUAUGCAGUACUAGUACAAUUACAAGAAACAGCUUCUUCGCAACGACACCCCUCACUUGAUCCUCACUUGGGUCGGCCACUAAGUAUAAGGUAUUCACGAGAAUUAUCACGCACUACAACAAGUUUCGGAGCCAGCUUCCGUUCUGAUAAAGAAUCUCUUGGCCGUGCUGGUGCUGAUGGAAUAGAGACUGUAAAGUCAAGACAUGUUUCAGCAGGGAGACUGUAUUCCAUGGUUGGACCAGACUGGUAUUAUGGGGUGAUUGGCACCAUUGGUGCCCUUAUUGCCGGAGCUCAGAUGCCUCUUUUUGCUCUUGGGGUCUCUCAGGCUCUUGUUUCCUUUUACAUGGACUGGGACACAACAUGUCGUGAGAUUAAAAAAAUCUCUUUACUCUUCUGCGGGGCUGCAGUUUUAACUGUCAUUGUUCAUGCCAUAGAGCAUCUUUGUUUUGGAAUUAUGGGAGAGCGACUCACUCUUCGUGUUAGAGAAAAGAUGUUUUCUGCCAUUUUGAGGAAUGAGAUCGGAUGGUUUGAUGAUACAAACAACACUAGUUCUAUGCUUUCGUCACGUCUAGAAAGUGAUGCAACUUUGUUAAGAACUAUUGUUGUUGAUCGGUCAACAAUUCUUUUACAGAAUGUGGGUUUGGUUGUUGCCUCAUUUAUCAUUGCCUUCAUCUUGAAUUGGAGAAUCACACUCGUCGUCUUAGCCACAUAUCCGUUGAUCAUCAGUGGUCACAUCAGCGAGAAACUUUUCAUGCAAGGCUAUGGUGGAAACUUGAGCAAAGCAUAUCUAAGAGCUAACAUGCUAGCUGGGGAGGCUGUGAGUAACAUGCGCACUGUUGCUGCAUUUUGUUCUGAGGAGAAAGUCAUCGACCUUUAUUCUCGUGAGCUAGUUGAGCCUUCUAGACGUUCAUUUACUCGUGGUCAAAUUGCUGGCAUAUUCUACGGUGUAUCCCAGUUCUUCAUAUUCUCAUCCUAUGGCCUUGCCUUGUGGUAUGGUUCUGUUUUGAUGGGAAAGGAGCUUGCAAGCUUUAAAUCUGUCAUGAAAUCAUUCAUGGUGUUGAUUGUGACGGCAUUAGCAAUGGGUGAGACUUUAGCAUUAGCCCCCGACCUUUUGAAAGGGAACCAAAUGGUGGCAUCAGUCUUUGAAGUUUUGGAUCGUAGAACCGAGGUCCUGGGGGACAUAGGCGAAGAGCUUACGAAAUUGGAAGGCACAAUUGAGCUUAGGAGUGUUCACUUUAGCUACCCCUCAAGACCAGACGUAUUGCUUUUCAGGGACUUCAGUUUGAAAGUCAGGUCAGGCAAGAGCAUGGCAUUAGUGGGGCAAAGUGGUUCUGGUAAAAGCUCUGUGCUUUCUCUAAUACUCCGAUUUUACGAUCCAACAACUGGGAAAGUCAUGAUUGAUGGGAAAGACAUCAAGAAACUCAAGAUCAGGUCUCUUCGAAAGCACAUUGGCCUGGUUCAACAAGAACCAGCUCUGUUUGCCACAUCAAUAUAUGAAAACAUUCUUUAUGGAAAAGAUGGAUCUUCUGAAGCAGAAGUUAUUGAAGCGGCGAAGCUUGCUAAUGCCCACAGUUUUAUCAGUGCCCUUCCUGAGGGCUAUUCCACUAAAGUCGGAGAGCGAGGGGUGCAACUAUCUGGUGGUCAAAGACAAAGGGUUGCCAUUGCCCGUGCGGUUUUAAAGAAUCCGGAAAUUUUGUUAUUAGAUGAGGCCACCAGUGCUCUUGAUGUGGAGUCUGAGCGUGUGGUGCAACAAGCUCUUGACAGAUUGAUGAAGAACCGUACAACCGUGUUGGUGGCACAUAGGCUGUCCACAAUACAAAAUGCAGAUGAAAUUUCAGUUAUACAAGACGGGAAGAUUGUAGAGCAAGGAAGUCAUUCGAGUCUUAUAGAGAACAGAAAUGGACCAUAUUUCAAGUUAAUAAACAUUCAGCAACAGAACACACAACAGUAUCAAGAUUGA